AUGCUCUUCACCUUAGUAUCUGCGGCUUUGUUGCUUCCCUGGUGCUUUGGUCAAACAUCUACCCCCGACUUAAACAAUGUAACAACAGCAUUUUCUUCGGCCCACAUCGUACCGGAUGUUGUACAGUCCUUCAAUCCUAUGGAUGGCGUAAACAUUUCUUUUACAGACCCUGUCUCUGCACAAACAGUAGACGUCGUACCGGGGAUCUUGUUGACAAUGCAACAAACCUCUAUGCCUCCGGACCUCACAUUGGUUACUACAACAUCUGACUCCAAUAGCAGUGCCAUGUUUGUUGUGGUUAUUGUGGACCCCGAUGCGCCUACUCCCCAGAAUCCCAACGUAUCAGAAUUUCUUCAUUUCCUGGGAGGAGAUUUCACUGCCGGUUCUACAUCCGGUCUUUUAUCUAACAAUUCACCAGCACUCGCGGAGUUCUUCCCCCCUACCCCUCCCGUUGGAUCUGACCCACAUAGAUAUGUGCUCCUCGUUUUUGAUCAGCCCGACAGUUUUGACGUGAAUGGGCCAACGUUAGUCAAUGCCACAACCCCCAGGACAAAUUUCAGUAUCUCCGACUUUGCUCAAGCAAUCAAUCUGGGAGAUGCCAUUGCUGGUAACUUUUUCCUUGUUGGUCCCAUGAACGCAUCAGCGUCAGCGACACCUUCAGCUCCACCAUCUACUCCUUCGAUACCCUUGGCAAGUUCGCCUACUUCCGGAGACACUUUGGCGUCGCCCACACCUACAUCGAGUGCCACAUCGCCAAACACAUCUCCUUCUUCGAAGGCUAUGAAAGCAAGAUCCGCCAUUUCACCAUUUACCGCCGCCAUCGUUGGGGUGGCUGCAUUAGUAUUUCAAUUGUGA